AUGAAUUUUUUGCUGCCAUCUCUGAGUCCAGAGGAUAAUGAUGGCCGUCAGAGAUUGCCGUCACUGACUGAAUUGCAAGAAGCUGUCUUCUCCAUGGCAAAGGAAAGUGCUCCAGGGUUAGAUGGGUUUGGAGCGAUUUUCUAUCAAGAGUGCUGGACGAUAAUUCAAAUGGAAUUGUUGGAAGCGGUUCAAGAGUUCUUUAAGGGGGGCCCCCAACCCAAGGGAUUCUCUAGUGCAUUGAUAGUCUUAAUUCCAAAGGUGACUGGAGCAUCAAAAUGGCAGGAAUUCAGGCCCAUCAGCUUGUGUAAUUUAAGCUCGAAAAUCAUCUCAAAAAUAUUAACGAACUGGCUCAACCUCUUGCUCCCCAAAUUAAUCUCACCCUGCCAGUCAGGGUUUGUCCUUGGUAGGAGCAUCACUGACAACAUCCUUAUUGCGCAGGAAAUAGUCUUAGAUCUCGAUAGGAGAGUGAAAUGUCCGAACUUGAUGCUGAAGUUGGAUAUGGAGAAGGCAUAUGAUAGGGAUGAGAGUCGUUUCUAUGCCUCUUCGGGAUCGCAGGUUCCUUACCUUGCAUUCCUAGAUGAUUUCCUAAUAUUUACCCAUUGCUCAGAGGGCGGUUUAGAUGCUUUGAAGGAAUUUUUGGACUUGUACCAGGGAGCAACAGGACAUGGUGGCCUCGAAGCUGCAUUUUCAGCAGCAACAUCUCCCUUUCACUUAUCUAGUGGCUCCAAUCUCAAGAGGAAGGUGUUGGACCCGCCGAGCGCGGCUCUGACCAAGUUGAGUAGGAUCUGUAAUAGCUUCUUGUGGGAUAAAGACGCCCGAGCCAAGGGCAUACACUGGGUGUCUUGGGAGAAGAAUGACUGCAUGGUUUGGGCUAGUUCACCCUCUGGCGAAUUCUCGACCGCAUCUGCUUGGGACCUUAUCCACCAGAGACGGACUCCGUCGCUGAUGGAUGACCUUCUUUGGAGCAAUGUUGUCCCGCUUAAGAUGUCCUUCUUUGCGUGGAAGGUACUGCGUAAUUUGGUUCCAGUGGACAUCAAUUUGAAGCGAAGGGGAAUACCACUGGCAUCAAGAUGCUCAUGUUGCCUCUCACACGAGGAAACUGUGGGCCAUGAGCUAUAG